CAAAAUAGAUGAACUACUUUUGAAAAUACUCACCUGAUAAUAGUAUCGUUCUAAUAGUAUACGCGCGUGGAUAUGUAUAAAACUCUCCUAUAUAUAGUUCAAAAUAGUUCAAAUAUUUAUCUUUCUUUGAUCAUACACAAUACUUUGAAUUGAUUAUAUAUAAAAUAUAAUUUAGUAAAAAAUGUUAAAAAACAUACGGAUUUUUACAACGUCUUAUAUAGUGUGUAGGUCCAUUUGUUCGAGUAGUACACUUUACAAAAGUUAUGUAGUAAGAGAAAGUAAAUUUAUGACAAGGUUACUUAAUAAAAGUGAACCUAAAAGAAAGUGGUAUAAUAAUAAUAAUAAUAAUGCAUCAGCUUCUUUGGAUCUUUAUAUAAGUUCUCAGAAGAAACAACCCUCGAUAUAUGUAAAGAGAAGGAUAGAUAUACUUAACAAAUUGUUUAUGAAACAUAUAACUGAGUUAAUAUCAACUAGUGAAACUGCAUCAGAAUUGCUCGACCGUGGUGUUGAAGUAACAUACGUGAGUAUGACUUCAGAUUAUAAAAUUCUUAAUGUAUUUUGGACAUUUGAAAAGGAAAAUGAUAAAAAUUGGCUAACAACAACCGAAAAAGUGUUGCAAAAAUAUUCAUUUAUUUUACGUCAUGAACUAUCACAACUCCGUGUCAUCAAUUAUGUUCCUAUUAUAAACUUCGUCAAAGAUAUAAUGGUUUCUAGAACAAAAGAUAUUGAAAAAAGAUUUGCAAUGCUUGACUUUGAUAAAAAUCAUAUAAAAACUGAUGAUAAAACUAUACAAUCAAAUAUUACUAAUGAUAAUAUGACUCAUAAUUUUCAAAUUAUGUUACCACAAAUGAGGCAUGAUGUUCUAGGAUUGGAUCACCAAGGAAUCAUGUUAAAGAUUAAAAAUUCUAUGUAUAAAUUAAAAAGUCAAAGCAAAGACAACACAUCUAAUACACAAUCAGAACAAACAGUGCAUCCUUUGUCUACUUCUCUUGAUAAUAAAGAUAUUCUUAAAUACAAAAAUCAGCAAGAAUUACUUAUUGAAUUUUUGAAGAAGAGAAAGAUAGAAGAAAAACGAAAAUAUAAUUUGAAAAACGUUAAAAAAAUGGUAAAAAAUCCAUUUUUAACACAUGAUGAUGAUAAUGAUGAUGAUAAUGAUGAUAGAAAUACAGAAAUAUACUGUGAUGACAACUUUGAAAAUACCUAUAAUGAAAUCGAUGAAUAUAAUAAUGAUUUUAAAAAAUAAAAAUUUUAAUAAAAAAUAAUAAUCAAUAAAUUAA